AUGAUUGCUAAAAACAGUGGCAGCUCAUUUGUCUCAUACUACCAUCUUUCCACCUACGUGCAGUUCAUGGACACAAUCGAACCAUGUCCUACAAUUCGCAACGUAGAAGUAAAAGAGAUACCUCGAGAUAUUAUCGCCACUAAAUCAUGUACCAAAGCAUCUUCCAGCGGCAAUGAUAUAACAGUCUUGUGUCAACAGUUUGUGGACCGUAUUUUUGUUAGUGUAUCGCAAAAGGGCAAGGUCGGAUAUUUGUUACAAGCUCACGUACAACUGCCUUUUGCACAAGCGUAUUCAAACGAAUAUAAUUCUCAUUCGACAGACGAAGCACGCGAACCUACCGUGACUUUUGUGCCGUUAUUUGGUGCGCCUCCGAAAGGUAUGGAAGACAUCUACCUACUCUACACGAAGCAACUGGCGCUUCACAUCUAUUCCGACUUGUGCCGCCUUGAACCUAUGAAGGGGGGAGAUACUUGCAAGCCGAUGGUAAUCGCAUUGGCUCUAGAUCGUAUUCCUACAGAGAAUGUUGACGACAUUGACUUUGUGUCAGAGCGUCAGCGUUUAAACCAGAUCUGCUCUAUGAUGCAAGAGUGUCGAGUCUGGUAG